UCAUUUAAAUCAGGCGUCACAGGAGGCAGCCCGGGGUCCUUCAGAGCCGUCAACAGUGCCUGGAGGGAAGCAGCGCGGCGCAGAGAGAAGGUCAGGAUGGUCCAGAAAAUACUCAAUAAGUUCGUCGGUGCCAAGUACAUCACGAUUCUGAGGACGUGGGUACCUAACAUGGUUGCCUGGGGAUCAGUGGGCGGUGUGGCGCUGGUCCACUUCACAGACUGGCGGUUGUUUCUAGACUAUGUGCCGUACGUUAAAGGGAAGUUCAGCGAGGAUGAAUAAAGUCUCGCACAACUCUAAAAUGACCAGAGCUUGGGAAUGGUCAUACAGUAUAUGGGUGGAUUGCUUGCACAUCGAAAAACUUAAGUAGGAUGACCCUGGCUCAGCCAUCAGUCACUGGGGACUUGUUAGGAAGGAGGUGGACCUCGGGAUGCAGUCUGUGGAAAUUCAUUUUCCAGUAUUAUUUAAUGUGAAUAAAGCUUUAAUGUUCUA